UUGUCUUUGCUAACCACACUGCAGCAGUCUGUAUGUAACUAUGUAAGUAUGUAACUGUGACUCAUGUACGUCUUCCUAUCCUUCAUCAAACCACUAUCAAUUCAUACUAACACCUCUCUCUCUCUCUCUCUCUCUCUCUCUCAAGCUUCACAACCCAUCCAUGGCGGACGAGGGUUUCGAAGCGUUCCACGUCCCCCGACAAAGCAGAAGAGACCAGUUCCGAGUCGUGAACCUCCUAACCAACCCACCACAGCCACAGCUCUCACUAUUCACACCCUCCACCAUGCCAACCCCCCAACCACCACUUUCCCCACAUUUCUCCGAUCACGACCACCGUGUUUCAUUUGAAGGUGGUGAGUUCAGAAGCUCUGUCCCCCUAGGCCCUUUCACGGGCUACGCUUCCAUACUGAAGCGGUCCAGGUUCCUCAAGCCUGCCCAGCAGCUCCUUCAAGACUUCUGCGGGUCGGAUCGAUCCGAUUCGAAUCUUGCUCUCCUUAACUGCUUCAUUGGAAGAGGAAGAGAUCAGAUUAGUGGAGUGAGUGAUCGGGUCGAGCUUCAGUUCAAGAAUUCUAGGCUCACCAUUAUGCUCGAGGAGGUCUACAAGAGAUAUAAGUUAUACUGCCAGCAGAUGGAGUCGGUUGUUGCAUCAUUUGAAACCAUUGAUGGGCUUGGAAAUGCAGCUCCAUACAUAUCUUUUGCCAUCAAAGCCAUUUUGAAGCACUUUGGUUGCUUGAAGAAUGCCAUUUUGGACAAACUUCAAUCCAAAGGCAAGAGCAGUGUCGGCGAUUUUAGCCAUGUUAAAGAUGGGAUUAGGGGGGUUUCGGGGGUUUCUAGAAGAGGCUUUCAUAGCCAAAACCCAAGUCAUGAGAACCUGACCAACAACUUUCAUCUAUCGGAAAUUCGAUCCCAAAGAGGACUUCCGGAAAAUGCAGUGGCUGUGAUGAGGACAUGGCUUUUUGAACACUUCCUUCACCCUUAUCCUAGUGAUUCUGAAAAGCAAAUGCUAGCUCAACAGACAGGCUUAUCAAGAACUCAGGUUUCCAAUUGGUUUAUCAAUUCAAGAGUAAGACUCUGGAAGCCAAUGGUGGAAGAAAUACACAGCCUUGAAACACAACAAGCUCCAAUUGUUUCGGUUUCAGACACAACGAGCAGAAACACAAGAAUGGCGCCAUCCCUUUGCUCUUCGUCUUUAGAGAACCCUCUCCAUUUGGGGAAUCUGCCCCAAACUAAACGCUGUAGAACCAACAAACAUUCUGACAUGUCUAAGCAGAGUGAAACACAAAGGAAUGCAGGAGAUUAUGGGAGUUUAUCAAGCAAUUAUUUUCGUAUGAAUACCGGAAGCCAUGAAGGUGAAGUUUCUUUAGCAUUAAGCCUUCAAGCCAAAAAAUGAUCAAGAAUGUUUCUGCCAGUGCUAGCUGGGAUUUGCUUUUUCUUUAUGCUUCUUGGAUAAGUAUAUGUAUAAAGCAAGAGAAAGCUACAGAUCAGGAUUAAUGCUUUGCUGAUUAAGUGCUA